AUGCAGAGAGCGGUGCUACUGCUCUGUUGGCUGCCGCUCCUCAACCACUGCCACGCCGUAAAUCCAGGUUGCUCUUGCGUCGUCUACAGCAGCUCGGACAGACCUCAAGGUGGCACGUUCAUAUCCCCUUGUUACCCCCACCGAUAUCCGUCAAAUAUCGAUUGCCUGCUUUACACGUUCAUCGGUCAACCCGACGAAAUUGUCAAGCUGACGUUUCAUCACUUCAAUAUCCGGCGUGUUCGACCCGACUGCGUCGGUGGUGACUUUCUGAAAGUGUUUCUACAUUUAGAAACUACCGGUGUUUCCGAGUACACCCCAUGGUCUGAUGUACUUUGCGGAGAUCUGCGUGACAUCCCGCAGGUUCUUUACAGUUCGAGAUCUACGCUUAUUUUAGAAUUGCACACACAGGGACCUCCGUCUAAUGCGACCGGAUUUUUCGGCAACUUUCGCUUCAUCGACAGACGGCUGUUCGAAACGGACGGCGUGUUAAUUCCUGGUACGAUGUGCGACCUCGAGUUUGUCAGUUCGCAGUCAAAACGGCUAUACGGACGUUUCUACUCGCCACAGUACCCGUCCUCCUACCCAAAGAACAUCCGGUGCUCGUACCUCUUCCGGGCAAGGUUAAAGGAAAGGAUACGUCUAUUUUUCGAGGAGAUUGCUCUACAAAAUGGGGACUUAAGUUGCUUGAACAGAGCGGAUUUAAUCAGAGUGCACGACGGGACGGAUUCAGGGGCGCCCACAAUAGCCGUGCUGUGCAACCAAGGAGCGAAAGUGGAAGUACUCAGCACAGGGUCAGACCUGUAUGUCGAGUUCGUCGCUAAUUCCAAGUGGCCGGGGCAGGGUUUCAAGGCGACGUUCCAAUUUCAACCAUUGGACGAUGCGCCGCAUUCUGAGCCGGACAAGGUCAUCCCAGGGGCCGUUACCGGUAACCCCAACUACUCGGUCAUCGGACCGGCUGUCGGCGCUACUAGUAAGUAUAUCACUCUAUGUCGUCGAUUUAUUAUCCCUCUCAAUCAAUAA